GUUAACCCAACAACGGAUGACUCAAGCAUAGAUUGUUUCCGUGCAUUUUUGUAUACCUCCCUGACCACUCACAACUCUACCAUCGAACCAAAAUGGGCAAGUCCAAUCUAGAGCUGGUCAAAGAAUGCGACCGAUUCCCGUACUACCAGGAUGACCCCGCAUUCUACACCGCGCACCUGGAAAACUAUCACCGCUUCAAAGUCAGCGGCUGCGACGCCGUGCUGGGCUACAUCCUCAACAGCGUAGUGGAGAAAUUCCCCUGGCCGGCCGAUUUUUGGGCGGUGGACGGCGCGACCCGGACGGUGACCCUCGUGACCGGCGCCGAUGCGACCCCAGCGCAGCGCAGCCGGCAAGUCGCGCAGACGCUCGCCGCGGCGGUGGAGCAGGGCACGUUCGAGAUCCUGCGCGGCUGGCGCGACGAGCUGUACCCGAUCUACGGGCCGGGGGGCGAGUUCCUGCUGGAGAUGGAGCGGUCGGCCACCCCGCUCUUCGGGGUGGUCUCGUACGGCAUCCACGCCACGUGCUACGUCGAGGACGACAGCGACGACGACGGCCGGGGGCUGCGGAUCUGGGUGCCGCGGCGCUCGCGCACGAAGCAGACCUACCCGGGGAUGCUGGACAACUCCGUGGCGGGCGGGAUGAGCUCCCACGAGCGGCCGUUCGAGUGCCUCGUGCGCGAGGCGAGCGAGGAGGCCUCGCUGCCGGAGGCCGUGACGCGCGCGAACGCGCGCGCCGCCGGCUGCGUCACCUACUUCUACGUCCGGAGCUCCAAGGCCGGCGGCGAGACCGACCUGCUGCAGCCCGAGGUCGAGUACAUCUACGACGUGCGGGUCGGCGCGGACGUGGUGCUGCAGCCCGGCGAUUCCGAGGUCGAGCAGUUCCAUCUGCUCUCGGUCGACCAGACCCAGGCGGCCUUGGCGCGCGGCGAGUUCAAGCCCAACUGCGCGGUCGUCUUGAUCGAUUUCUUCAUCCGCCACGGCAUCCUGACCGCCGAGAACGAGCCGGAUUUCUUGGAGAUCCUGGCCCGGAUACACCGGCGCUUGGAGUUUCCCACUGCCUCGCAUGCGACGAACUAGAAGGAAAGAGGAGGCGGGACUGAUAAAGGCAUGUAUGAGAGCGAAGAAGGAGCAGCAGCAGCAGCAGCAGCAGGGAAUGUACACAACAUGUCAUAGAAUUUAGUGGUUCUCUAUUUCAAUUAUACCCAAAUUUCACCAAUCGAACGCCGGCGCUGCAAUCGAAGGACCCCAAUCAAAUGCAAUCAGACUUUUUUUUUUGGUCGCUUUCCCAAAUACUAAUCGGACUUCGAGCGCUUCUACAACCCAUAGUAGCCUAGGGAAUCAGAAAAACAAACGUCAAAGACGAUUCUCGUCCUUUGCUGUCCUUAUUUCUUAAGAAGAAGAUAGACAUAGUCGAUCCGCAGGGGUGCCAGCUUCUUGUAGGGGCCCUCGAGGUAGAGCAACAAUCCGCCAAAGGAGAUGAAGACAGCCCUGGAG